CAGAAGCUGCUAGAGGUGCAAAGGGUCCUCUGGAUUGUAGUGGCAAUAAGAUCUCAACUCUUUGCUCCUGUCUCUAUCUGCUUUUGAAGCUUAUUGGGAAAGAGCAAGGAUGGUGGAGGCUUUCUGUGCUACCUGGAAGCUGACAGACAGUCAGAACUUUGAUGAGUACAUGAAGGCUCUAGGUGUGGGCUUUGCCACGAGGCAGGUGGGCAAUGUGACUAAACCAACAGUGAUCAUCAGCCAGGAGGGGGACAAAGUGGUGAUCAGGACUCAAUCCACGUUUAAAAACACAGAGAUUAGUUUCCAUCUGGGAGAAGAGUUUGAUGAGAUCACUGCAGAUGACAGAAAUUGUAAGUCUGUUGUUAGCCUGGAUGGAGACAAACUUGUUCAUGUACAGAAAUGGGAUGGCAAAGAAACAAAUUUUGUAAGAGAAAUUCAGGAUGGCAAAAUGGUUAUGACUCUUACCUUUGGUGAUGUGGUUGCAGUCCGCCACUAUGAGAAGGCAUAGAAAAGUUCCUGACUCAGGGCUGGAGAAGUUUCACAGUUUUCUGUUUACCCAAUCCUCAGUAUUGUGCUGCUGUUACAGCACAGCAACUGAUCACUAAUUAGAGGGUUAUCGGUGGUGUGGGAGUGGAAAAGGGUGAUUUAAAACUUGUUUUAAAUUUGUUAUUCCUAGCUACUAGCCCAAGUUUUGAUAUGGAAGUUUAUUAUGUUUCAUAAUUCACAUUAAAAUCCUAUACCUGUGAAUCACGUGUUGUAAACCAAUGUUACUUCAAUAAAAAAAAUAGAAUAAUAAAAAAGAAAAAAAAAUUCAGCCACAUUAUUUU